AUUUCCGUUAAAUGUCAUCGGUCAAUCAGUCAAUCUCCAUGGCUGAAGAAGAUCCUCUUAUUAAGGCGCUUCCCCCUGCCACUGACUACCUCACCUAUCUCACUUUGCUGGAAUAUCAGCUUACCCCCGCCCGCCUGCCGACGUUGCACAAGCUCCUUCAAGAUGAAGUCCUGACAACGAAUAUUGGCUGGGAUCUGGUGAAGAUCCUGCUUCCCAUGCUUCCAGAGUCGCAAGAAUGUCUUAAGGAUGUGGCUCGACUAGGGAAUCCCAGAGAAGUCAUCUUACGAGUAUCCGACGCUCUUAUGCAGCUACACCCCGCGGAUGAGGACGAGGAGGAAUCAGACAAACAGUUAGAGUCACACCAUGGAGAUGUUGGACAGGGAAGCAGCGGGAUUAAAGCACCUGCAGGGAAAAUUCCUCUUCAUGUCCUCAAAUUCAACACUCUUGUUGCCAUGCUCUCCACCCUCCAUUCCCGUAUACAGACAAAAUCUCCCAGUCGAUUCCUUGCGACAUCCCUGCAGGCAGUACUGGAAGCAUACACAUCGAUGCCAACAAACGAGACUACGAUAGCCCUGCUCGAGUUUUUCCGAGACGUUUCCCCUACGAAAAGACCCCCACCGCCGCCCAGGGCUCCGAGCGAUUCGACAGUCCUCCGUGUCGCCGAAGCGUCUGCUCCAGACCCUGAAGCGGAAGUGAUGUCGCCUAGCCCGGCUGGUAACGAAGAGAGCGCGCUCAUCAGGAGGUUCUUGCAGUUUGGUUUGAUUGAGCUUCUUAAAUCGUAUCUUUUGAGCUGUUCGGGUCCGAUGGAUCCCGGAAUGUCGUGGGCUGUUCGACUACAAGAGAAGUUACAUCCGGAAUCGCGUAUGCCAGGUACUGGCUCGCCUACAAAUGUAUACGUGGAUAAUAGACAGCUUGGAGAGCGCGAUAGCAUAAUUGCUAAGAUUACUGCACUGUCUCAAGACUUCGGUUUAACCGACGAAGAGCUUCUCAAAGUCGUGACACGAGAUCCCGAAACGCAGCCCCCACCGUUGGAUUUUGAAGAGCAUCCUAAGAGUGCGGAAGACAUCCCCCUAGAAAGGCACGGGUCGUUACUGCUUCUCGCCGCCCAAGCUGCGGUUGGAAAGCUGUUCAGCGGAAAGGCUUUGCAAAUUAAGGUCUAUCCUGAUCUAGCACGGAUUUUCGAUAACUACGUUGGCAAAUUUCGGAGCCUUGAUGAGGUCGCUUUCGAACAACCGCACGUGCUGCUCGAUUCCCUGCUUGCACUGACUGUCCUAUCUCUCCAAAGGCCAAUACCAGCACCUUCGGACGAAAGCGAGUUCACGAAUUUUGUUACCUUGUUGACAGCCUGCACCGUUCGCCAAACUUACAGCACUGUGAGGAGGAUUCCUGCUGAAAUCAUAAAUGCAAAUCCCUCACAACUUGCUCGCUUCAAGGUAAUUCGAAAAGUAUUGGAGGACGAACGCUAUCGCACAAUUAAAGAUAGGGCAAUUGAUUGGCUUAAGAAUGAGAUUCUUAAAGCAGCCAAAGAAGCCCCUGGCCCUGAGCCCAACAUCUUCCUUAACCCUCAUUACUUCUCCGUCCUCUUUCCACUCCUCUUCGCCUCUCCAGCUUUGGACCUGGAUUUGUCUUCCGACCUCGUGACAUCCUGGGUCCGGUUCACUCAAACUUUAAGCCCGUCUAUUCAUUCGGCGCUUAAUCUCUAUUACAUUUUAAUAUCUUCUGCUGAGCUACGCCGUCAGCUACAGCUGGAAAAGACCUAUGCAUACUUCCGCAGCCGGUUUCUGGAGCCCGUCAAAGCCAUCUGCGGCGCGUUCUCGGCUGACCUGACACAAAACGGCGGAGAUGGCAAGAUUGCGGGUUCGGUGGGUGAGGACAUGGUCAAAGUAGGAACGGCGCGGUCUGUCAAUCUGAUCCAGCACAUUGUGGAACAGGUCGAGGAUGCAGUGAACGAGGCCUUCGUCGUGGGCGACGCAGAACUAAAGGACCCCAGUGCAGAUGACAUUGCGCGUGUCGAUGCAAUCCGCAAAGAGACGGCAGUGGAGUAGCUUAUUGAUAUAUAUUACAUCAUUCUAUGAUACUUGUUAAGACCUGAUG